ACGCAAAAAAAUACCCGGAAGGAGGCCCCACCCGUCAUCCUCCCUGACCAGUCUCCCAAAACCCUUCUUCCUCGUCCUUCGGCUGAUGCUGCCGACCUCCAGCAGCCGCCGGCUCUUUGUCCCUCGCCGAAAGCCUCCAUCCUUCCUCCUCCGACGCUGCUGAAACGUGCCAAGGUUCUUGUCUCUAAUUCACCGCCCUCGGCCAUCCCACCAGGAGAUUGCUACUGCGUGGUGAGUUCCCCGGUAUGCAUCGUUAACAUCACUGUCAGUUAGUGGUGUUGCAGUCUCUCUAUCCUAUCAUCUUCUGUAAAGGGGAUCAUCAAUUUAGCUCAGAGAGAUUGUUGGAGAUUCAUCAGUCGACGCAAUGGAAUGAAACAAACAGCAGAGUUUUCCAGUUUAUGGAUGCUUUUCCUUGGAUGACAAAAUGAUUUCUUUAAGGAAGUUCAGCUAUCUUUCUCCUUCACGUUCAACCUCAGCUUUUCUUUCAUCGCUUUCUGGCUUGUGCUACAAGUUGAGUAGUACUUCUGGUGAUGGGUCACAGGCUCCAAUAACUGGUGAUUUUACAAGGAUAUUAGUAGGUUCCUCUCAUAACAAGAUGAAGGCAUUCAGGUUUAUGACAUGGAACAUCACUAAUUCUCCAAACUUGUUCUCUACAAUGUCUGAGCCCAUAUUAGUUCAAGCUCGUGACCCAUCUCAAGUAGCUUUGGAACUAGAACACGCACUUGAGGAGCAGAGAUUUGAGGAUGCAUGGAAGGCAUAUGAGAAGCAUGUGCAUAUGGAUGGUCUCCCUAGGAAAUCAGUCUUAAGCAAGCUACUCACCAGUUUUGCUGAGAGCUAUCAUGCCCAUUGGCUAAACAACGCAUACAGUGUGGUUGAACUGGCUUUUCAAGAAAAGAAGCAUGAUUUGAUGGAGAAAGAGCCACUUAUUUACCUUGCUUUCAUUCUUUCGAGGUCAGAGUUGCCUGUUCUUGCAUCAAAUAUUAUGAGAAAGUUGGUCAAGAUGGAAGCAUUCCCUCCUCUAACAGCUUGGUCUGGAAUCAUAGGCCACAUGUGUCAAACAGCAACUGGCACAUUGCUUGCUGCCGAGUUAAUAAUGGAGAUUGGAUAUCUUUUCAAAGAUAACAGGGUUGAUCCUCGGAAAAAAAGUAACAGGCCUUUGCUUUCGAUGAAGCCAAAUGCCAUUGCCUUUAACAUAACUUUGACUGGAUGCCUCCUAUCUGGAAGUACUAGAAAAGCUGAGCAGCUUCUUGAAAUGAUGCCACGGAUUGGUGUGAAGCCUGAUUCUAGCUUGCUGAUUGUGAUGGCUCAAAUAUAUGAGAAGAAUGGGCAUAUAGAUGAAAUUAAGAAACUGAAGAGGCAUGUUGAUGUGGCAAUUGACCUUAGUGAUUUGGACUUCCAAAAGUUUUAUGACUGCCUGCUUUCUUGCCACCUGAAGUUUAAGGACCUGGAUUCCGCUGUGGACAUGGUUUUGGACAUGCUCAGAAAAGCAAAGGAAGCAAAGCGAUCUUUGGCUGCUGCAAAGUCAGUGCUGGAGGCUGUUCAAACUGGCAAAAAUUCAAUUUCUUAUCGAGACUCUGGACAUGAGAAGUUGGAUGCUUUGGAUAAGUUCAAAUUGAUUAAAAGCAGAGCUCCUUCAUAUUUUGAGUUCGCCAAGGAUAGGAAUUUUUCAAGGCUUGAAGCUGAAGCAAAGGAAUCACUUGAGCUACUUUCAGAGAAGAUACAGGCUCAGGUUCAACUUGUUAAAUCUGAACGUGGCAUUCUUCACCCUACUGAGAAUUUGUAUGCGAAACUUGUGAAUGCUUUCCUUGAAGCUGAUAAGGUCUGUGAAUUGGCAGCUUUUCUAAUCAAGGCAAGCAAGGAAGAUUCUCCAGUCUCUGUUGAAAACUCUGCUGUCGUUCAAGUGAUAAAUGCGUGUAUCUCUAGUGGUUUGUUAGAGCAAGCACAUGAUCUACUGGAUGAGAUGAGGUUUUCUGGAAUUAGAGUUGGUUCUUUGGUUUAUUCAUCCCUUCUUAAAGCUUAUUGUAAGGAGAAUCAGCAUGAUGAAAUUCUGGCACUUCUAAGGGAUGUUCGCAAGGCAGGCAUCCAGCUUGAGUCAAGCUGCUACAACUCUCUAAUCCAAUCCCGGAUACAUCAUAAUGACUCAAGUGGAGCACUGCAUAUAUUUAGGGAGAUGAAGGAGUCCAAUAUAUCAAGAUCCGGUCAUCACAGCUUUGAAACAUUGGUGGAAGGUUGUACAGUGGACGGCGAAGCAGGUUUGAUGGCAAAGCUCUUGGAAGAAAUUAAGGGCAGUCAGAAUGUCAAUAGCGGCAUUCAUGAUUGGAACAAUGUGAUACAUUUUUUCUGCAAGAACAGGUUGAUGAAUGAUGCUCAGAAAGCUGUGAGCAAGAUGAGAGCCCUAGGACACACCCCAAAUGCCCAAACUUUCCAUUCUCUGGUUACUGCUUAUGCUGCAAUAGGUGGGAAGUAUGUGGAAGUAACAGAUCUGUGGGGUGAAAUGAAAGUGAUUGCGAGUUCACACUCAAUGAAGUUUGAUCAGGAGCUACUGGAUUCCUUAUUGUAUUGCUUUGUCAGGGGUGGCUUUUUCCUUCGAGCCAUGGAAGUAAUAGAAAUGAUGGAGAGAGAAAGGAUGUUCAUCGACAAGUACAAGUACAGAUCUCUUUGGUUGAAGUAUCACCGGACUCUAUACAAGGGAAAGGCUUCCAAGAUACAGACCGAAGCCCAGCUGAAAAGAAGAGAAGCGGCUUUGGCUUUCAAGAGAUGGAUUGGCCUAACAUAAGAUUGUGGCAUACGUUUUCUUGUCAGCCAAUGGCAAUCAAAGAUCUCAAUCCAAAGAUAUAUAUUUCACUCGGAUGAAGUUUUUGCUCGCCUCAUGCGGUGGAAACACACCAGAAACCCACAUGCACCUGAUCCAACUCCCACGGAAAGCUCAAAACAGAGAACAGUGUUCAUGCAUGUGUCUCUUCGUUUGGUUGCUGCCUUGAUAAGAAACAUAAGUUCAUGCA